AUGGAGUCAGGGCCCCCUCAGAUCAUAGCCUCCUGGCGGCAGUGCCUAGCAGAGUUUCUGGGUGUGUUUGUGCUCAUGAUACGUAGGCUCCUCACCCAAGGAGCUUCUGGCCCAGCUAUCUGCAGUGGAGAAACCAAAGGCAACUUCUUCACCAUGUUUCUGGCUGGCUCUCUGGCCAUUGUAGUAGCCAAGCUCUGCGUGGGUGGUAACGUCUCAGGGGCCCACCUGAAUCCAGCCUUCUCCCUGGCCAUGUGCAUCGUUGGACGCCUCCCCUGGGUCAAGCUCCCCAUUUACAUCUUAGUGCAGUUGCUGUCUGCUUUCUGUGCUUCAGGAGCCACCUACGUUCUCUACUAUGAUGCCCUACAGAACUAUACAGGUGGGAACCUGACAGUGACUGGCCCCAAGGAAACAGCCUCCAUUUUUGCCACCUAUCCUGCCCCCUAUCUGUCCCUGAACAAUGGCUUCCUGGAUCAGGUUCUGGGCACCGGUAUGCUGAUGGUGGGGCUCUUAGCCAUCCUGGACAGACGGAACAAGGGAGUCCCUGCGGGUCUGGAGCCUGUGGUGGUGGGGAUGCUGAUCCUGGCCAUCGGGUUAUCCAUGGGUGCCAACUGUGGGUUUCCACUCAACCCUGCCCGGGACUUGGGCCCACGUCUCUUCACCUACGUGGCUGGCUGGGGUCCUGAAGUCUUCAGGUGGGAGACAGCCUCCCCUGGUGCUGGCCUCCACUCACCUUCCUCUGCUAAGGGCUCUGUCCCUAGGUCCACAGCACUCAGCCUUUAAAUAGCUCUCUUGGCCUCUUAGGACAGUGUUCUUUCUCCAAGUCACAUGCUCCCCCUUUCUCCCUUGUUUCCCUCCCAACUUUUCACUGAAACAGUAAGAUUUAGAGGUUGUGUUCUUAGGCAUGCCAUAUUACCUCCGUGCACAUUAGUUACUUCAACAGCAAAAUUAAUAUAUUCAGAUAAUUCCCUAAGGCAAGAGGCUGGACCAAGCUCUCCUGGGGUUCCCUCUUCUAAAUACUAUGCUUUGGUGCCAAGGCAAUCCUCUUCCUGGUGUCUACCACCCUGGGAACAACUUUAGGGCACUCUCUUGUUACUACCCCCUGUCCUUGGAGAGGGGGAGGCAAAGGGAGUCACUCCUGAUACCUUCCCAUUGUCCUUCUUUUGCAGUGCUGGUAAUGGCUGGUGGUGGGUGCCUGUGCUGGCCCCUCUGGUGGGGGCCACCCUUGGCACAGCCACUUACCAGCUAUUAGUGGCUCUGCACCACCCUGAGGACCCAGAGCCAGCUCAGGAUCUGAUGUCUGCCCAACACAAAGCCUCAGAGUUGGAAACUCCUGCCUCCGCUCAGAGGCUGGAGUGUAAGCUAUGAUUAGGACAACCCUUACUUCACUCAUGGACCCUGGAGCCAGCCACUGACCCCGCCUGGGAGCAACAGUUAUUCUUCCUCUUUGUUAAUGUGCCAGAACCUGGGAGGUUUCUCUGUUUACCCAUCUGGCAUCCCUUCUUCCUAAACUAAGAAGGAUCCUGGACAGGGAGAAGUGGAGGAGGAUAAGGUACCAGGACUCAGGCUUCUCAUUCCCUCCUUCCGCAAAGCGGUUUUCUGACCCUCAAGGCCUCUCGUAAAGUAGUUGCUGGAGGUAGCCGCUAGAGGGUGCACACCUGGCCGCUGGAUGGGGACUGCUGCGGGCAUCUGCAGGGUGGAGGGGGCCCCCAUCCAGUGUAGGGCACAACCCUGGGGACUGCCCUCCGUAGCCUGUCCCGACUGCCGACUCCCAUCUCGCAUCGCCUCGGCGCCUCCCACUUUCACCCCCUCAGGGGCGCCUCCCCCAGAGGGUGUGGGGGGGCGUGUUAGGUGUAGGAAAGCCGCCUCCACCCAGGGGGCGUGGUGGGGGC